AUGAGACCGAAGCUGGGCCGUCGAAGUCAAAAACGUCAAUUUCCUUCAUCAUGGAAAUCGGGAAAUGAGGCUGUAUCAAGUGGUUGUAUCCCAAAUUCUAUCAAGAACCAAUGGACUCGAUGCACCUCAAGCCUUCGCCGUAAUGGUCAAAAUAAUAAUGACAAGUUGGAUAUGCCGACGGAUGAAAUGGGGGACAUUCCACCUCCUUCUUAUCAGUCUCCCGUGAAACACGCUGGAACCCAGACUAUCGAUGAACCUACCCUCCCCAUGGGCGAGGAUAUCAUGACUGGGUGCAACUCUCCACGUCAUAUCUCACAAGGACCAGAUUCUUACUCACUCUUCUACUGUGGUCUUGAUGAUACCAACUUGGAUCCAGAUGGGACUUUUUGGCAAGAUUCACCUUCUGAUGAGUGGGAGGCCAGUGCCACACCUGCUCCGGCUGGGACUGACCCUCAUGACCCGGUUGUUUAUACUGUUCAAACAGGUGUCUCCGAAUCCGAGCUAAGUCAGGGUGGAACAACAAGGAAGAGGGAGUACACAUGGUCGGAAAUGUCCGACUUGCAGAGGCUUUUUUUAGAGGUACACAAAUGUCAGGUGGAAAAUCAUUUUCUUCCAGAGUAUGACUGUCAUAAAUUGAGGGAUGUGUGGCUUUAUGGGGUAAAGAUUGAGACCGAGGAAGAUAGGCAGAAGUUUGACGAUCAGUUGGACUCUUUGUAUAACUUCAGUCGGGAUCAGACAUUUUAUUGUUCAUUGGCAAGUUUAAUGAUUAGGGCUCCCGCGUGGUGCUGA